AUGAGUUACGCUGCUGCUGAAACAGUGGCGGCAAGUAGCACUUGGGCAGCCACUAACCUGUUCUAUGUGCUGCUGGUGCCAGCGCUGCUGCUAUGGUACACAUACUGGCGCAUGUCCAGGAGGCAUAUGUAUGAACUUGCAGAAAAGAUAGCCGGUCCACCAGGCUACCCCCUCAUAGGAAAUGCUUUGGAAUUCACAGGAGGUUCCGAUGAAAUCUUUAAAAAUAUAAUGAAGAGGAGUGUAGAAUUUAAAAAUGAGACUGCAGUAAGAAUAUGGAUCGGACCCAGGCUCCUCGUGUUCUUGUAUGACCCACGAGAUGUCGAGCUUAUUCUGAGCAGUCACGUUCACAUCGACAAAGCAGAAGAAUACAGGUUCUUCAAACCCUGGCUUGGAGAUGGCCUUCUCAUCAGUACCGGUCAAAAAUGGCGUUCCCACCGAAAACUGAUCGCUCCCACUUUCCACUUGAACGUUCUGAAGAGUUUCAUCGACCUUUUCAAUGCCAACUCACGAGCUGUGGUCAACAAGCUUAAGAAGGAAAGCGGGGAGUUCGACUGUCAUGACUACAUGAGUGAAUGCACCGUCGAAAUUCUGCUCGAAACUGCUAUGGGAGUCAGCAAGAACACUCAAGACAGUGGUUUUGAAUACGCCAUGGCUGUCAUGAAAAUGUGUGACAUCUUACAUUUAAGACACACCAAAAUCUGGUUGAGACCUGACUUACUUUUCAAUUUUACUCAGUAUGCAAAGGUUCAAGACAAACUUCUCAGCGUAAUCCACGGCUUGACCACAAAGGUUAUCAAGCGCAAGAAGGAAGAAUUCAAAUCCGGAAAGAAGCCAUCUAUCCUUGAAACAGAAGUUACAACCAAAGAAACAAAGACAACGUCUGUUGAGGGAUUAUCUUUCGGCCAAUCUUCUGGUCUCAAGGAUGACUUGGAUGUUGACGAAGAUGUUGGACAGAAGAAACGUCUUGCUUUCUUAGACUUGCUCCUAGAAAGUGCUCAGGGUGGAGUUGUUAUCUCUGAUACCGAAAUCAAGGAACAAGUUGAUACUAUCAUGUUUGAGGGUCACGAUACUACAGCUGCUGGAAGCAGUUUCUUCUUAUCGUUGAUGGGUAUCCAUCAAGAUAUCCAAGCCAAGGUUGUUGAAGAAUUAGAUCAAAUAUUCGGUGACUCAGACCGCCCAGCUACCUUCCAGGACACGUUGGAAAUGAAAUAUCUGGAAAGGUGUCUCAUGGAAACACUUCGUAUGUUCCCACCAGUACCAAUUAUUGCUCGUCAUUUAAAUCAGGACAUCACUCUACCUUCCAAUGGUAAGAAAGUACCAGCCGGUACAACUGUCGUCAUCGGUACUUACAAACUUCACCGUAGUGAGAACAUUUACCCCAAUCCGGAUAAAUUCGACCCUGACAACUUCCUUCCUGAACGUUCUGCUAAUCGCCAUUACUACGCGUUCGUACCCUUUUCAGCUGGACCUAGGAGCUGUGUUGGUCGUAAAUACGCUAUGUUGAAGCUGAAGAUCAUACUCUCGACCAUCCUGAGGAAUUUCCGCGUAAUUUCGGACCUUAAAGAGGAAGAAUUCAAACUUCAGGCCGAUAUUAUACUGAAGCGAGCUGAAGGUUUCAAAGUUCGUCUUGAACCACGCAAGAGACUGGUGAAAGCCUAA